AUGUCUCAACAAUCCAACUCUUCUCCUUCCAAGAACAUGCCUUGUUCUCCUAGCGCUGAACCAAGCAACCCUAACAGAGAAGAUCCUGUUGCUGACUCUAUGAAUACCCCACAUGCAAGAAGACCUAAAGAAACUGUAUCAGGCUUCUCCUCAUCCAUCAUUCUUGAUGAACGAACCAAAGAAGGUUCCAGGUAUGUUCACAAUUCCAUUGCCACUAUAGUGACUAGAAUACUGUCUGGAAAUCAUGAGGUCCCUGGGGUUUCCAUUCCCUUAAACACUAUUGAACCUGAUAGUGUUGUUGAUCAAGAAAAUACUGAGUCUUUAGGAAAGAAUAUCUUUGAUGAUGUUGAGCAAACUGAUGCCCAUAAGGAGGCAAAUGUUGACAAACCCUUAGAUAAUGUGGCUGGUGAGGAAGCUCAUGUCACUCAUGAUGUCAGUGACAACCCUAACUGUGAGGCUGAAACAGUAGACCUGGAGGAAUUUUCUGAUAAUGAGUUGUUGUCCUUUGUCCUCCCUAGCAUAGCCAAAAGGGUUAGGACUAGGAGAGAAAAGAAAAUUGUGGCUCAAAGGUCCCCUAGAAAGAAGAUUGAUGUUCCAACCUCUUCCAAGACAACGGUGGCAGUCGAGAGUUCCCUCAAGAGGAAAGUUCAUGGUCCAACCAAAUCUUGGAGCAAAGUGACGAAGCCAACCACUAGCAAGCUUGCAGCUAGUGUCCCUGAGGUACCAAUUGACAACAUAUCUUUUCAUUUUGCUUCAAGUGUAAACAGGUGGAAAUAUGUUUAUCAGAAGAGGCUGGCUUUGGAAAGGGAAUUAGCUCAGAAUGUCCUAGACUGUAAGGAUAUUAUGGAUCUUAUUCAAGAGGCUGGUUUAAUGAAGACUGUGACUCAGUUUUCAAAGUGCUAUAAGAUGUUGGUAAAGGAAUUUAUUGUUAACUUGUCUGAAGAAUGUGUUGAUGGCAAGUCUAAGGAAUUCAGGAAAGUGUAUGUGAGAGGCAAGUGUGUAAGGAAGUGGCCUCUCAAAGGAAAAUUGGUGGCAAGUAAACUGAGUGUCAAGUAUGCAAUGCUGCACAAGAUUGGAGCUGCUAACUGGGUGCCCACCAAUCAUAAAUCUACAGUUGUUGUAAUGCUUGGAAAGUUUAUAUAUGAUGUUGGAACCAAAGCCAAAUUUGACUAUGGCUCCUAUAUUUUUUAUCAAACUUUGAAGCAUGCGGGAAGCUUCAGUGUGAAGGGUCCUAUAGCCUUUCUUUCUCUCAUCUGUGGUAUUGUUUUGAAUCAGUUUCCAAACAUCUUAACUGAGAAUGAUUCUGUGAAGAAAAAAGACAACCCUAUGUCUUUCAAUCAUAAGUUAUUCCUAGGUACCCAUGUCCCUGACAUUGUCAUGACAUCAGGUGAGACAUCACGUGUAAGCAAUCAGCCAGGUAAAGUUGAUGUCAUUGCAAUGCUCAAAGAAACCUGCAGGGAAUUAGAGGCAAGGAAGGUGAACUUGGAAAAAUUGAUUAGCUCUUUGGAGAUGACUGAAGGUGAUGUGCUAGCUGAUGGUGGAGAAUUUGGUGAAGUUGUUGUUGUUGCAGAAGAAGCUGAAAGACAAGGUGAAGAGGGAGAAGCAGAUGCCAGUCCUGAUGAUGGCACAAAUGAUGAUGCUGACUCUGAGUCAGAUGACUAG